GCCGUUCCAUCAUCGACGCGACUCGUCAUCGACUCAUACGAUUCGUCUUGCGACUCUUUUUCUCGCCUGUGCGAUAUCUUUUGCCGAGCAUCGACGAGAAAUAUGAAAAUUCUGCUAGCCUUUGGAUAUUUCCAUGUCCCAGCCGGUUGGGAAAGAGGCGAUGUAAAACUAUAUGCGUCGCGUUCCACGCGUGACAUUUAGAAAUAGAGAACGUCGAACCAGUGGAACGUAGAAAUGGAAAUUUUUGAAUCGGAACGAAACCGGAAUCGAUCGUGGGAACCUUUUCUCGUGCGAAACUCGAACGAAGGACUUGAAACAGAAAAUCUACUUUCCUUUCGCGGUUGAAGAAAUUUGACUGUGUCGCGGUACUUGGCUGCGCUAGAAAUCCGAAGCUGCGAGUUGCCGGAGAGUGGCAAUUCUGUUGUUUAUUCGCAGCUUUCCCCACUCGUGGCAAGUGUUUUCACCUCUUUAGUCUUUGCUCCGCGUAGUGCCGGCCCAAACAUCGCCAAGAGUAGCAACCUCGCGACAUCGUUCUCUUCGAUCGGCCCACGAUCGCACCGGAAACACGAUCCUUCCUCCCGCGAACCAUGUCGUUUCUUCCGACCUUCCUUUUCGUUUGUUUCCUCGUGACGAUCGCGACGACGUACGCGAAACCGACCAUCUACAAAAGGAACCACGACAACGUGUUCGAGCCAGUGAUGAUACCAGUCUCGUCUACGGUGAUUCCUCUCCCCGUCUACAAAAUGGAAUAUGGUUUGGGAUUCAUAUCGAAAGAUAAGAAGGCUCAGUCGUCCUUGAAACCGGAGGGUGGAAUAAAAUUGAUAACGAUUAAGAAGAGCCAAGAGAAGAAAACGUAAAGGUACAAAAUAUACGUACUAGUUGCAGAUUGACUUUAUUCGUAUCGUAGUCUGUCAUCGAUGAAGCGGUAUAUAUUCAUUAACAUCGUACGGUGAUGUAUAUAUAUAUUAUAUAUAUAUAUCAAAGUUAUAGAUUGUAAGCAAAUCUCAGAUUUAUUUGAAAUGUACGACAGAUUUCAAAAGUAACAGAGAGUUUACGCCAAAAACUAAUUUACCUCGACGAUUAAUGUUAGAGUUAAUUAACUCUGUCGUUAUGAAUUUAUUAAUAAUCGUAAGAAAAAUCAAACGCUGUAAAACCAAACUGUAGCGAGUAUGAAGAGAGAAUCUGUUAAGUUUUUAUAUUUAAUUUGAGCUAUAGUACGUCGUUUCUGCUAUUAUAAUGUUUAUACAUUACAUUUAUGUAUAUCUGCCCAACAUUUUGAAGAAAUAUUGAAAGGAAUUAAUAAGUAGAAAAUUAUAAACUUUUAUUGAACAACA